GGGGUGGGUGGUAUGGGUGGGAUAUAAACAAAAAUAUUUUGACAUUUAGGGCAGACAAUAGAUAUAUGAUUUAUGUGAAUAUGAUGUAAGGCAUAGGAAUGUCUGAUGCUGGAUGUCAAUUUAAAAAAAAAAAGGACUUCCUGUUUUCGUGCCGUAGUGCAUGCUGGGUAAUGUAGUCGACUUGCGAGUCAGCGGUUGUUUUUCUCCUCUCUGGCAUCGGAGAAGUAUAGUUGACAUGUUGUUGAUUGUUAUUUAACUUUAUUUUUUUAUUUUUUUUAAGAACGCAUAGUUUGCAUUAAUGUUCCUGCGUGCUCACUGUUGGAUGUGACUUGCCUGGACUCAGGAUGAGGAACCAUGGAAGAUUGGACAAGUCACUUGUGAGGGAGCUGAAGUCUUGUUGCUCCGUGGAGGACAACUUUCUUCCCAGGAAGUCUGGUCUGAAGAUGAUGGAGUCCACUGAGAACGGCGUGUCGGCCAAAUGCAGAGACGCCCGAGUGGAGGAGCUGUGGGGUUUGACCAGCUUUUUUGGCUACAGCACCCAAACUUUUGCACAGGCUGUCAAUCUGCUGGACAGAUUUCUCACAAAUGUGAAGGCUCAGCCCAAACACGUGCCGUGCAUCGCCGUCUGCUGCCUCCACUUGGCGGCCGGCGUGACGGAGGAGGACAGCAAUGUGGCACCUGGCCGCCAGCUCAUUCGCAUCAACCAGAGCAAGUUCACAGAGUCGGACCUGCGCCGCAUGGAGAAGGUCAUUUCGGAGAAACUGGGCCCGGAGCCCAGGGCUGCGGUGACGGCUCUGACCUUUCUGCACCUCUACCACUCGGCCUUGACCUGCGUGUGCGCCGAGGGGGUGGAGAUCCCCGGCGUCGGGAGGCUGGAAGCUCAGCUCAAAUCCUGCCUAUGUCGGCUGGUUUUCUCCAAAGCCAAAUCGUCCGUGCUGGCGCUCGCCCUCGUCGCCCAGGAGUUCGAGACCCUGCAGUCGCACGCCGCCUCCAAGAUUGUACAGCAACUGCAGAGACACGCAAAGCGAGGACUCUGGCGAGGACAGUCCGUGCGGCUCGCUGGGCAGCAAUGGCGAAGGAUCCUACUUUCCCGCUUCGUUUCCUUCGUCCACGCACCGAACGGCCUCGUAACCACGGCGCAGACCUCCACUUCGCCAUGAAAGUCAACCUCCAGGAUUUGUUACUACCACGAAAAUGACAUCGUGCUUUAUAUGCAACAUGACAUUUUGGCAGCUUGGCGUCAUGUGACCUCAUGUGUCCGCACAUUCCAGCCCCAAACCUGCUAGCUCCUGUGCUUAAUAAUGAAACAUGUGUACCAUACAGUAUUAUGCCGGUGUGCAGUAUACAGUAGGGAAAGGCGCCAUUCCUGGGUGGAUCUCGCGUGAGAGGAAG